AUGUUAGGGUUUCGAAAACCAUAUAAAGAGAGAACACGACUUGAACCAUUAGCAGCGAUUGUACUCUCUAUAUUUAUGGCUAGUAUAUUUAUACAACUUCUAGCUGAAUCUGUACAAGCCAUUGUUCGUAUGUCACAAAAUAAUCAAGAGGCACCAAACGUUAGUGAUUUAGCAUUGGGAAUAAUUGGCAUCCGUAAUUGGUAA